GCAGUAAAACUCACACUCUUAUCUGGAAACUUCUCCACCAUUCUGGUUCUUUCUUCACCAAAACAGUCUCCCUCAGCUCACCUCAAUAAGAACCAAACCCCCUCUGCCACCAGACCCGUACAUCAAAUUUUUCCCGAUUCAAUCUUUCCAUUCAAGCUUUAUUCAUUACAGAAAAGACUCAAACUUUGAAGAAGAGGCAUGGGUGUGGAUUACUACAAGCUUUUACAGGUCGAGAAGAGCGCCACAGAGGAUGAGUUGAAGAAGGCGUACAGGAAACUCGCUAUGAAAUGGCACCCUGAUAAGAACCCCACCAAUAAGAAAGAAGCUGAGACCAAAUUCAAGCAGAUCUCUGAGGCCUAUGAGGUACUGAGUGAUCCCCAGAAAAGAGCAAUCUAUGAUCAGUAUGGUGAAGAAGGCCUUAAAGGCCAAAUGCCGCCUCCGGAUGCUGGUGGGCCUGGUGGUGCUACGUAUUUCCAAACCGGGGAUGGUCCGAAUGUGUUCAGAUUCAACCCCAGGAAUGCCAAUGACAUCUUUGCGGAGAUAUUCGGGUUUUCUAGCCCGAUGGGUGGUGGAAUGGGAGGAGGUGGUGCUGGUGGUGGCAUGAGGGGUGGAAGAUCCUUUGGUGGAAUGUUUGGGGAUGACAUGUUCAGUUCUUUUGGAGAAGGCCGACCGAUGAGCCACGGACCAAGGAAGGCUUCUCCUUUGGAGAGGAAGUUGCCAUGUAGCCUUGAGGAGCUCUAUAAGGGAACCACAAAGAAGAUGAAGAUAUCUAGGGAAAUUGCAGAUGCAAGUGGGAGGACAAUGCCUGUCGAGGAAAUCCUAACCAUUGAGGUCAAGCCUGGCUGGAAAAAAGGAACAAAGAUUACUUUCCCAGAGAAAGGGAAUGAGCAUCCGAAUGAAAUUCCUGCAGACCUUGUAUUCAUAAUCGAUGAGAAACCACACAGCACAUUCACAAGGGAUGGGAACGACCUAGUCAUGACAGAGAGGAUCUCGCUGGCAGAGGCUUUAGCAGGUUACACUCUGCAGGUCACCACACUAGAUGGGAGGACGCUCACCAUCCCCAUCAACACUGUCAUUCAUCCAAACUAUGAGGAGAUAAUUCCUCGAGAGGGUAUGCCUAUACCAAAAGAUCCCUCCAAGAAAGGCAACCUUAGAGUGAAAUUCAACAUCAAAUUUCCAACUAGAUUGACUUCUGAACAGAAGGCCGGAAUCAAGAAACUUUUGGGUCCAUAAUUCUAUUGCUAUUUUGAGCCUCAAGUGUGUUGUGAAUAUUUUUUUGAGACGACUUGGAUUUGUAUAACUAGUUUUCAUUUCAAGUAUCUGGUUGUAAUCAGAAAUAAAGAUUAGUUCAGUAUGACAGAGUUUCUAUAGGCUUAAAGAUACGACUCUUCUCUUUCCAAUAGAGAAAUUUUCAACAGAGGACAAAGAAACAAUGGAAAUUGAACUUUAUAAUAAAUUUG